AUUCCGAAAAUUGAAUAAACGUCACGUUCCACUGUGCAUUCGCUUUGCCUUGCAGAAUCGGCAGACGCCCAAUGAACGCAUUCCGCCGUUCCCUUGCCAACGGAGACGCCACUGUCGAGCUCGGGCGCACUCGAGGAAACCCUAAGCUGAAUAAGGCUUUUGCAGAGCAUUCCCUUGUGUUCACGUGAAGCGUAGGGGUUUUGAGGAGAGUGGGUGUGUAGAUUUAACCUGGGUGCUUUGCUAGGUGAGAUUAGGAUUUGAUAGGGUGCAGUUGUGCAAUUUGGUGCAUCUUAUGUGAUUUAAGUUCGUGCUGAACGCGAGUUAAUCGUAUGAAGUGAAUAAUGUAUGGGAGAUCGGGUCUGGAUCGAUUUAAGAAAGCUCAGUCCUUGGAACCGUUUUCGGUCACUUCUAAUUCUGCUGCCAGUACCACUAACCAUUCCAGCUCAAGAGUGCCUAAUCAUACUCCUGUGCAAUACACACAAUCUCAAGCCUAUAACAAGCCAAACCAGCUUCAGAACCAGGCCCAUGUCUCUCAAAGAGUUGUUGCACCGGAGGCUGCGCCAUUGGUGGGCCAGCCUCAGCAGGUGACUCAGGUAGGAGGGGGUCAGUCAACUUGGCAGCCCCCUGAUUGGGCAAUCGAGCCACGACCGGGCGUAUACUAUCUCGAGGUUUUGAAGGAUGGCGAGGUUCUUGAUAGGAUUAAUUUGGACAAGCGGAGGCACAUCUUUGGGAGGCAGUUUCAGACUUGUGAUUUUGUGCUUGACCACCAGUCUGUUUCCCGCCAGCAUGCUGCAGUUGUUCCUCACAAAAAUGGAAGCGUAUAUGUAAUUGAUCUGGGAUCUGCACAUGGAACGUUCGUUGCGAAUGAGCGGUUGACCAAAGAUACCCCUGUUGAGCUUGAAGUGGGGCAGUCUUUGAGGUUCGCUGCAUCAACAAGGAGCUACAUUUUAAGAAAGAACAAUGCAGCUCUCUUCCCUCCAACUCCACUACCCACAGAGAUAAAUUUACCACCUCCUCCUGAUCCUUCAGAUGAAGAAGCUGUUGUGGCUUAUAACACCCUAAUAAAUCGUUAUGGUCUUGGUAAGGCGAACAGGGCAUCUCAAUCCAGUGGCUCCAGAUUAUCAUCAGAUGGAAAGGACAGAGAUCAAUCGGAGAGAGCUGUUAAGAAAGCUAGGAAUAUGCGAGUGGCAUUUAGGGAUCAAGCUGGAGGAGAGCUGGUCGAAGUAGUUGGGAUAUCCGAUGGUGUUGAUGUGGAAACUGAACCUGGUCCAAUUGGUGUCAAAGAAGGAAGUCUUGUGGGGAAGUAUGAAUCCCUUGUACAGACAGUCAUAAUUCCAAAGGGAAAGGAACAGUCUUCCACGAAAGAAGACAAUGCCCAGAAAGGUGUGACUGACAGACUUAAACAAGCCUUGGACAAGGUGAGAAAGCCUCAGAAGGUUGGGAUGUAUGAUGACCUCUAUGGUGAAACUUUUUUGGGUAAAGUGGGAUCUUCUUGGGCAAACUCUUCCUUGAGUAGUAGUGUCCCUGCUUCCACAACCAAGGAUCACCAGGAAAAGCCUGUCAGUGAAUCAUCCAAUUCGAGCCUUGUAGAUGGCGAUAAUGACGAGGAUUUAUUUGGUGACUAAUUAUUCUAAGCCAUCUCGGGGAAAUUAAUCUGGCGCUUAUAGAAAUCCCAGAGAAGCUGUGCAUGGAGGCUGGUAUAAGUUCUUGUGCAUCAGAUGCUUCAUCAUGGAAAAAAUGCAUGUCUGACUUGAUGGGGUAUUUCUUUUCCGGUAUGGGACAGGGAUUUUGUUGUACUUUAUAGUGACGCAUUGUGUUUUCUGAACCUCCUAGCCCAUUGAGAUGUCGAGAAGUGUGCGUCAAACUAUGUCGCCAAGGGGUAAAUUUUUUCAGUGGUAAUAUAUAUUGACAACCUCUUCCUAUAGAUCAUA